UCGCUAUCAGACCGCUAGAACUCAGUGUCUACUAACGCUUGCUCACAUGUGUACAAACGCUGGAGCUUACUGACCGCGCGCGAUCAACUGUCAAAAAAUCAUUGCGAAUCCUGGGUGUUGGAAUAGGGUUUACUAAAAGUGCUUCUCUAGAAUUUGGGACCUGCUUAGUGUCGGUGUGAAUGGAACAGAUUUACCAUUGGAUCGCAGCCUGAGUGAAUAAAAUAACCACCUAGAGUUAUUAACUGUAUCACUCCUUGAAAUUUAUCUUUAUUGACACCUGCGCGCGGGAACGAUAAUUCCUCCGCUCGACCUUAGUGGGUAGAAAAUAUGCCUUGUACAACGUUGGUCUUUAAUCAGUUGAACUGACAACGAGUGAUAAGAGCAUCGAUAAGUGAUCUUCGGGGUGUAAUCGGUGUUAACUGCUCCCGAGAAGAAAGUGUGUGAGAUUGUUGAUAGUAAUCACAUGAAACGACAUUUUUUCGUUCAGAAAAUGAGCGACCAACAUCGUGCAAGCGCAACCCAUAUGGUGCACGAAAAUUCACCUGUUUCGAUCACCACAAGUGACGAUCUCCAAGGAACCAUCAAUGCAGGAUUCGAUGCUACAGAUGACAUCGGAGCAUCACAGGAACAAGGUCCCCCUGACUAUGGUAUAGUAAAUAUUUAUCAAAAAGUCAGCGGCGGAUUGGUGAAUUUCGGCGAUCAGAAGACUGGUGUCAGGGAAAAAAGUUUGUGUCACAGUUGUGAUGAGAAGAGUGAGAAUGAAAGCGUUGCGUCGAAGGAUGAGAACAGUGAUAUUAUUUCAGAAUAUAUCGGGCACUACGGGCUGUGGCAGUUUUUCUGGACCUUCCUGCUGUGUCUGUUCCAAAUUCCGACCACGUUCCACAUAUUUUGUUUGGUCUUUCAGGCUGCCAGUCGCGACUUCUGGUGUGCGCGCCCCGCUCACCUUCGCACGAUACCGUUAGAGCUGUGGCGCAACCUGACGCAACCUAGCGGGGGUCAUUGUACGCUACUAAAUGCACCCUAUGAGCAACUAACCGGGGAGAAUUUUAUCGACUAUUUCGCGUCCACCGCAAACGUGUCCUCGCUCGAGCGGAUCAGUUGUACCAAGUUCGAGUUCGAUUCCAGCAUCUUCGGCCAAACGAUCAUCGCUGAGUUUGGGUUGAUUUGUGAUCGGGCCCAUAUGAUGAGUAUUGUGGAAAUGUGCUUCCUAGCGGGGGCGGCUAUGGGCAGCGUGUGUAGUGGUUGGAUCUCCGAUCAGUUUGGUCGUCGUCAUACGCUGAUGUGCUUUGCAACGAUUCAAGCUGUCACAGGUUUCCUUCUUGGGUUCGUCAGUUCCCUCGAGCUGUACAUGACCCUCCGUGUUAUCAUUGGUUUCGCCUCGAUGUCCGUGGCUGUGGUGAGUUUCGUGCUGGUCGUGGAACUCGUCAGUGGAAAAUACCGGACGGUGGUCGGUAUUCUGAACAUCCUACCCGUUGCGGUUUCCUAUAUGCUGGCUGCUGGUAUCGCAUACGUAACACGCGACUGGCGAAUCAUGCAGUUUGUCAUAAGUGCACCCGGAGCAAUUCUGCUUUCUAUCUGGUUCUGGCUCCCAGAAUCACCCCGGUGGUUAUUGGCUAAGGGAAGAAUUGACGAACUGAAACUUGUUAUUGAUAGGGCUGCCGAAACGAACGGAUUGAAACUGCCACAAAAUUACGAGAAAACGCUCAAUGGCGAAGAGCAGGAUAGCAACCACGAAGUAGUAUCUAUUUUUGAUCUUUUCCGAAUGGAGUUCCUACGGACAACAGUUAUUAUGCUCAUAGUGUGGUUUGGCAUCGUGUUAAUCUACUUUGGAAUCACAUUGCACCUCAGCAAUUUCGGCGGAGAUAUCUAUAUAAAUACCGUCCUCGCCGGUGCCGUCGAGUCGAUCGCAAUCUGUCUCAGCAUCGUGGUCGUGCUGAAGCUUGGAUUACGUAGUAAUUUAUUCCUGUACAUGGUCGUUGCUGGCAUCUCGUGCAUCGUGAUGAAUUUCGUUCCGGAUGGCAAUCUUUGGGUGAUUAUCACGUUGGCAAUGAUAGUGAAAUGUGCUGUCGGAGCAUGUAAUGCAAUCAUUCCCACCUUCACCGCCUAUCAAUAUCCAACGACUAUGAGGAAUCUCGGUGUGGGAGCCGGAAACUUCGCUGCCGGCGUCGCCCUAAUCAUUGUACCGUACCUAUGGCUGCUGGAACAUACCGACCAGUACCUGCCCAUCACGGUGAUGGGAGUGUUCAGCAUAAUCGGUGGGCUGUCGCUAAUUGCCCUCAAGGAUAAGCUAAGCAAGAAACAUCGCCAACGCAAGGGUAGCGGAAGCAGCGACACCUACCACCCACACUCCACCGACGAAGGAGAAACGAGGCGCAAUCAUGAAAAACACCAACCAGGGAACGGCGCUGAAAAGGGAAUAAGCAAUCUUGGCUUUGCACAAAACGAGAGUAUCUUCCUGUGAGCGAGGGUACAAUUCGCCAUGUGGUCAUUUUCCAUCCCCACCAGGGAGGAGGAAUUUUCCGGUGAGUUUAGUAGUUGGUGAAAAGUUCAUCAUACGUGACGAUAGAAACGUGCAUUCAAUGAAACUGCGGCAAAGCGUCAAAACGUCCAAACGCGCGAAAUGAUCAAAACAAUUACAAAGUAUGAUCAAUGUGUGAUAAUCGAACCAUAAAUCACAUUGUGGAUAGCAUCAAUUAGUGAGGCAUGUGCGGUUAUAAUUAAACAAUGUUGUAUGUUUCAUAUACAGGAAGUUCAUGUGCGUAUUAAUAGAGCUGGCUGGCAUCGUGGCUACGAUACUUAUGUUCAGUUUAGUUCUUCGAAUUUUACCACUUUGUUAAUAAAUGUAAACUUGAUAUUGAGGCAGAUAGUAUAACUUGUCGAUUUAACUUUUCUCUCUUGCCGAAGUGAAGCUCCCCCGAAUGAGUUGAGAUUGGGUGAUAAUUAACUUAAUGACUAAUUUAUCAAGAUAGCUUAGGAAAUCAAUACAUAGAGCGCCUGGUUUCGCGCGGUUAGGAUCACGUCACCAGACAGUAUUUUAGUAUGAGCGUAACUGUUACGAAUUUAUCAUGUAAAUAUAUUUAAUCUUACUAUCUAAGUUUGGCAAUAAACGUUGCUACCAA